CACACACACACACACACACACACACACACACACACACGACUCAUAAACCUUUUGAGAGCAUCAUCUUCACUGCAGCAUCGCUUGCUGCGCACAUUCCUGACAGAGGGCAAUGCAACUUUUGAUGAUUUGCUCAACAAUCAGAAGCUGAGCAAAGGUCUGGAGCGUUUGGGGCAUUAGGAAAGAGCUGCAAGUGUUUCUGUCAGAGCAAAAGAGAGAAGAUGGAAGCUGAUAUAACAUCUCAUCUCCUACAUCUCAAGCUGCAGGGCAACAACACAGUGUGUGCUUUCCAGAGGAAACUGGAGGUUUUCAAAAGUGACCUACAGGAGGGACUGCUCCACUUCCCCAAACUUUUGGAACAGACCAAAGGAGAAAAUCGUCCUCAGAAUCAUGUUGAAUUCCUGGAGAAGCUGAUUGAAAACUUCAAGACUCGCUUUGAUGACUUCAGAUUAGGAAAACAAGUCCUACUGGACACAUCAGAAAUGUCAGAGUUCUCUGCAGAAGCACAACACAUCUUCCCAUGGGCUGCUUCUCUGCAAAGUGAGUUGAUUGACCUCCAGGAAAACCUUGCACUGAAAGAGGCUGACUGUGACACUCCCACCUUCUGGACAAAGAUGGUCACUGCAGCUCAUUUCCCUCUCCUGCAUAAGAUGGCACAUUCUCACAAUGUUCGGCUCAACCUACAGGUGUGAGUCUGCAUUCUCAACAAUGAACAUGGUGAAGAACAAGUCCCGCAGCCGACUCACCAAUGAACACUUGCAUCAGUGUGUCCGCCUGGCCAUCACUCCCUUUCUGCCAAAGUUCAAAGUCUUGGCAACAGACCAAAGGUGCCACUUCUCUCAUGAAGCAACAGUUCUGGACUUAUUUCGACUUUGAUUCUUGGGAUGGUUUGAUUCACUUCGAGACUUUUUGUUUUUGCAACCUCGUGCUAAGAAUCGUGUUGCAAUUGUUUACAAGUUUGACUGACCGUAUUAAACGGACCUUUGUCGUAUUGAACAUUUUCUUUGUGGACCUUUAAGAUUUGUAUUUGAGUACC